AUGGCACCAGAAAUAUCCACCGGCAGCGAUGCUGUCGCCUCCGCCUCAUCUUCCUCACCUGUCGACUUCAAAGUCAAGGCUGGUCUGGCCCAGAUGUUGAAGGGGGGUGUCAUCAUGGACGUCGUCAAUGCGGAGCAGGCCCGCAUUGCCGAGGAAGCAGGUGCAUGCGCCGUCAUGGCCCUCGAGCGGGUGCCAGCAGAUAUCCGUGCUGAAGGCGGAGUGUCGCGCAUGUCCGACCCAUCGAUGAUAAAGGAGAUCAUGGAAGCCGUGACGAUACCCGUCAUGGCUAAGGCGCGGAUAGGGCAUUUCGUCGAAUGUCAGAUCCUCGAAGCCGUCGGCGUCGACUACAUCGACGAGUCCGAAGUCCUUACCCCAGCCGACCACCUCUAUCACGUCACCAAGCACAACUUCAGAGUGCCCUUCGUCUGUGGCUGCCGGAACCUGGGCGAAGCCCUCCGCCGCAUCUCCGAAGGCGCUGCGAUGAUCCGUACAAAGGGCGAGGCAGGCACAGGCGACGUCGUCGAAGCCGUCUCCCACAUGCGCACCGUGAACAGUCAGAUCGCCAAGGCGCGCUCCAUCCUCCUCUCCUACCCCAACGGCAGUGUUGAGGCGGAAGCGGAGCUGCGUGCCUUCGCGCGCGAGCUGGAGUGUCCCUACGAGCUGCUGCUGGAGACGGCGGAGAAGGGUCGGUUGCCUGUUGUGAACUUUGCGGCGGGAGGCGUUGCGACGCCCGCGGACGCGGCGCUGAUGAUGCAGUUGGGCUGUGACGGCGUGUUUGUCGGGUCGGGGAUUUUCAAAUCUGGCGAUCCGCGGAAGCGGGCUAAAGCGAUUGUCCAGGCUGUGACGCACUUUAAGGAUGCGAAGGCGCUAGCGGAGUUGAGCCAAGGGCUGGGUGAGGCGAUGGUGGGCAUUAGUGUGCGGGAGAUGAGAGACACGGAGAAGUUGGCGACAAGAGGAUGGUGAAAAAAAAGGGGGGACGGGGGAAUUGAAAAAUAGAAAAUACUCGAUGAGUGUGUAGGGGUUUUUGAUACCAAUGAUGGAUGUGUUGGUGAUGUCUUGAUUGCGAUUUCAACUGUGUACUGCACCUUGCGCGCUCGCGUGGGCGUAAGCCGGUGCAAUCUGCUGUUAUUCGGUGGCUGUGUAUGUUCGUGUACAUAUACCUCUAUAUACCUAUAUGUAUCAAGGUUUACGAAUUAAAAUAUAGAUUGCUGGGAGGGAAGGC